UUAUCUAUGGCUUUAGACAGACAGAUGUCAAAAAAUUUAAAGUGAGCGGUGAGCGCGGUUAAAAAUAAUAAAUGCUAAAAUCCGUUGUUUUGUAAAUCAACUUAUUUAAAGAAUUAUUUAAUUUCUGAAAUUAUAAACCAUGGACGACGUACAGCUGGUUAAAAAUGUGAAAACAUUUGCAUUACCGGACAAAUGUUUCGACAAACGUAUCGCCUGUGCGUGGCGACGUGGGAACAAGUUUUCUAUUUACCCACGCUCGCAAGCAGUUAAUAGAGCAACCUCAGAAUCGGCGAGCAAAACCGACGACAAAAUACUACUAUUGCGUCAAGAAGUCAUACUAUUUACCCCAAUUUUACGUAAAUUAGUCAACGAAGCGAAUGGGACCUUUCUAUCUUUACAAAAAGUGGCUGAAACAUCCAAAAAUUCGGAUAAUCAAGUUGAUUUUUUGAAACUCUCCCGUCAAUACAGAUCUAUUAUUCGAGUGUGCAUGGAAAGCCUCCAAGAAGCUAGGGAGAAAGAGGAUAAUGAACUCGCAAGAAACACAAUACACUCCUACUUAACUAUAAUUUACUCAAUUGAAUGUAUUUGGCACCUGUGUGAAAUUUUGUUCAUAAAUGUAAUCCCAGGAGAUGUUGUGUUGCCGUUUUUGCUUGAAUGGACAAGCUUUCACUUUCCUUGUCAUGAGCAAGCUGCCACACAGCUUUUGGACUCAUGUGAAACAGGUUCGGAGGAGCGCCCAGACUACUGGGACACAGUGGUGGGCAUGGUGGUUCAGGGCAGAGUGGAUGUUGCCCGAUGUCUCCUGAAGUUGCAUUCUGCCACAGGCACCAAUGAGUUUAAACUGGUUGAUAACUCAUUGAGGACUAUGCCUGCUUAUAGUGUAUAUGGUGGAAUAUCCACGGGGGAGUUCACUAUAUCCUGGAAGCACUGGCAGGCAGAGUGCCGCUCCAAGAUCAGCAGCCGCCUGCUGACACAGCAUCCACAACUUGAGCUCAUCAUGAGGCUAAUAACGGGCGAAUAUGCGGCCUUCGAAUCGAUAUGUAGCAAGUAUUCGUCGUGGUUCGACGUACUAGGCGGUUGGGUUCUGUACACCACCCCCUGGGCGAAGAGGUACGAGCUGGGCUCCGCGGUGGCCGCUUGCGCGGGGCUGUUCCCCGGCUCGAGGUCGCCUCUAGACGACAUAGCACGCGCUGCGCUAGAGGGAGAUAUGUAUCAGUUGUUGCACGAGAUCCAGCAAAUCGCAGACAACGGCUGGCUGGCGACGCACCUCACCGACAUGCUGUACCGAUGCGGCAAACUGCACAUCUUGGACAAGCACCAGACUGAUAUAACAAGUCGCCUAAGAGACAGCCUAAUACUGGAAUAUGGCUCGUUACUAUUAGAACACAAAUCCUUCUGGUCCGUUGGUCUGUCGUACCUCGCUUCGUGCCCUCCCGAGGGGGCCAAGAGGGCAGAACUGCUACUGGAGAGGAUGCCCAUAGACUCUGAGGCCAAGGCCAUGCGGGUUAUAGCCGAGGCCAAGAAAUAUGGCCUGCUUGGAGUCGUGCAGUCGGUGUGUUCAUGCGUGAGCGCGCGCGCGCUGUCGCGCGGCUGCGCGGGCGCAGCGCUGGCGUGGGGCGCACGCGCGCGCAGCUCCGCGCAGUGCGCGCGCGCCGCGCACCAGGCGCUGCGGGCGUACUGCGCCGGGCAGCCGCUGCCCGCUGCCGAUCUGCUGCUCACAGCGGGCGCCACGCUGCUGAUUGAUAACACGCUGCUGCUGCUAGGCAAAUACUGCGAUUUCCAUAGACUAUACAAGAAUAGAGAAUUCAAAAAGGCUGCAAAACUGCUCGUGUCUCUGAUCACAUCGAAUAUUGCACCUGAUUAUUUCUGGCCCACACUCCUGCUCGACACUCUGCCUCUGUUAGAAACGGAGGAGGCGGUGGUGUCAGCGGACGCCACGUGCGAGAUCAUGCUGUGCCUCGAGCUGAGGCGGGACUGCCUCGCGAGCGAGCGCGCGGAGCUGCUGCGCCUCGCGCUCGCGCGCAACCUUGCGCGCACUGCACUUCGUGACGUGGACAACGACUAGCGAACAGUGUAGCUGCCACUAUCGGACCAUAAUACGUGCAGUUUCAACUAUCGUGAUGCGUUCCAAUUAUUGAUUUUUUAAACAAAACUUCUUUAGACACAACUUCAGUGGGAGUAACUCAUUUUUUUUUGUAUUCCAAAUCACCGCCAAACAGAACAGCUGUUUUGAGGCCGCCAUCUUUUAUCAAGGUGUAUUAAACUUCUUGUUCGUGUAAAGUUGGCGUCAAAUAAAAAGACUUUUGAUCUUAAACCUGUGCAGUGGGUGAUAUUUACCUAUAUAAAUGCCAUAAAUAUAAUUAUGAGCAAUUUUUUUAUUUACUGCAUGAUAAGUUACAAAACCUUAGUUCUGAAAAACGGAAAAUUUAAUUUUACCACGCGUAAAGGUUCCACAUACUAUUUUUUGAGGUUGUGAGAAACAUAAAGUUGGCGUCAAGUUAAAUGAGCACUGUAGCCUUAAACCUGCGCAGCGGGUGAUUUAUCAAUCUAUUUGGUAGUACAAAGUGAGGCGCGACGCUAUAUCGGUCCGUCAGCUGAGAGUUUGUUGACCAAACUCUCAAAAAGUUUACUUGCAUCAAAUUAAUUUAUAAUUUAAGUAAUCAUUGGCAUUGAUUUUCGCCUGCGAUUAUCGAUUUUCUAGGGUUGAUUUUCCAUAUUUAAGUAGGUAUUUAAUGUAUGAUUAAGAAAUAGAAUAAUUUAAACUAAGUAGUUCAAA